AUGGCCACCGACGCGAGAGAUGUGGAGGAGAACCUGAAGCUUGACGAGAACCUCCUUGCCGUCCUCCCACAGGGCGGGGAGGUGGUCUCGGUCAACCCGUCAGGCAUGAGCGACUACUGCAACACCUAUCGCAUCGAGGUGAAGAUGCCGGAUGGCAGCUCUCAGGUCUUUUUCGAAAAGGAAGGGUCGGGCGAGACAGGCCGAGGGUGUGUGGAAUCAGCUUGGAGGUCCGAGUCCGCUGCCUACGAGUUCAUUCCCGAGCAUGUCCCCAGACCCGUCGCCACGGGCACCUACAAGUCCAACACGGACAAGCACUUCUUCCUCGCCGAGUUUGUCGACAUGAUUGAGGACGACAUGCCUCGCGAGGAGUCCUACAUGGCCGCUGUUGCCGCGCUGCACAGCCGUAGCAUGGGCAAGUCGCCAACGGGCAAGUUCGGCUUUCCCGUCAACACGCGUUUCGGGGAUCUCGAGCAGGACAACACCUGGUCCGACAGCUGGGAGGAGUAUUGGACGAGACAGAUGACCGACUUUUUGGAUAAAGAGGACGCUGCCCACUACAACGCGGAACCACACGAGGAGCUCGAACGGUUGCGCCCCUUGUUCUUCGAGAAGGUAUUGCCGCGAUACCUGCGUCCGCUCGAGAGUGACGGUCGUUCCGUCACGCCGUGCUUGAUCCACGCCGACCUCUGGCCGGGUAAUGUCAAGUACAAGAGCGACGGUGACACGGCGUGCGUCUAUGAUGCCUGCGCCAUGUGGGCUCAUAACGAAGUCGACCUUGGCGUCUUUCGCAAUCCGAGAUACCCGCUCGGAAAGCCGUACCUGAAGGAGUACUGGAAGCGGGUUCCGAUCUCGGAGCCUGAAGAAGAUGUGGACAGCCGAAACACCCUGUACAUGCUGAGGGGCCAGAUCAUGCUGUCAAUUCUUUACCCCCACGACCCCAAGCUGCGGGAGAUUUUUGUGAGUAACAUGCGCCUCUUGGUGGAGCGGGUGGAAGAAGAGGAGGCUGCUCAAGAAUCAUUGCAGCCUCGGCUGUAA